UUCAUUGUUUGUCUGUACAAAUUUGGCAAUAAAGUUGAUUUUUAUUCUGAUUCUGAUUAAAAUAGCUUUUAGGCAACUGUAUAGUGAACAUGAACAACAUAGUUUCAACUUCAUCAUUAUUAUUAUUUUAGAUCCAUAACAAUGGGUUUGUUUUCAAAUGCUGAUUGUUUUCAAAUGUAUGAUCAAAAAACGAUUUUAAACACAUAACCUUAUCCUGGUGAUCAGAAAUGCUGUACAGCAGUUGAGUAUGGAAAUAUUGAUUUGUCAAUACUGACCUCUACAGGCAGAAACCGUUUGUUUUUACACAAGUAACAGUGAAUUUGAACAAAAUUUACUAAUCUAAUUGAAGACACAAAACACUAAUAUUUUACAUAUAAGUGAACAUUUAACCUUCAAGCAGAAUGACCGUGGCCAGAAUUUGAACAUAGGAACUUGAAAUGCAGCAGGGCUAUCUGGGCCACCAAUGCAGUAAUGGAUUAUUUUUCCAAAAUUAACACAUUACAUAAUUUAAAUACAUCCAAACCAAGAUUUGGAAAAGAAUGCUUUUGGUCAUUCCAAGCACAGCUGCUAUUCCAAAAUAUUUACUUUUGAACAAAUAUAAAUUCCGAAGCCAGUUGUCAUAAAUCUGCCUUGUACAAGCUUCCUUUUUGUGAUGAACAAACAAGAGAAUGAAUGAAUGCAUGCGUUGAAUGCUGAGACAUUUUAAGCUCCAAAUUGCAGCUGCCACCCUGUGAAAUUCAAAACCACUAACCCCUAGCAUAAUUCAUAGCGUACCUGCAAUCUGAAACCACAAUGACUUUAGUGCAACAGGAACAAAAAACAAAGCUGGAUAUAAUUUACAAAUCUUUGCAUGGCUGAAAGGCCAAUAUCUUGACCUACUUUGUUUCAUCAUUAAUAAAAGAGCUUACAGAACCAUGGACAGCGACUGCAAAAUAUCUGCUUGUAGAUACGGCUGAAAAAUGUCUUCAUAGUUCUGGAAGUAGAUCAAUACACAUUACUCUUAUACAGCCAGGACUCCAUCAUUUACCAAGGAGGCAUUUAUGAUUGAUUCAAUAUCUGACAUGCAGGACCCCUCAGAGGCCUGAUGGAUUUUUUAGCCAGGUGUUGCAGCAGACGGUGGAUCCAAAACUUUUCCAGGGAGAUUUAUGACAUGUCAUUUGCUUUCCUUGACAUGACAUAGUCCAGUAGCUAUGCGACUAUUCUAGUGCUCUGUUGUCCAAAGAUCUGUCCAAUCAUCUCACACAGUCCUAAGGGUCAAGCACUCCAUCAGCUAUCCUGGAGGGAUAGAUCAUUAAGUUUGUAUGUUCGGUGCAAUGGUCAAACAACCCUUCAGGUACUGGAGCAGCUCAGGAGAUUGGCCAAAUGCUUGUUUUUGAGAUUUAGCUCUCCAUCAGCUCUUCUAGUUGUCAAGUGGUCCAUGUUAUGGAAUUGCAAUGGUUUCAGUUCUGAAGGUUACCUGGAGGAUCAAGCCUUUGCAUUAGUGCUAGCAAGAAAAGUAAAAGCCUGAAACUUCUUUUGGUCCUCUAUACUGGGUACUGGUUGGUUUACUGGUACUUCUAGGCCAUCAUAGAACACAAGGUCAGACACACAGCAAUUUUGCAGCACACAAAAGAACAGUGCAUUUAUACCUUUCGGAGCAGUCAAUUGUAACCUGGAGAAAACAGUUCCAGUAUGGUAAACGAGAAGCAGAACAGAGCCAAACCAGAAAGUAAAGCCUUGCUCAGACUGUUGCUGAAACCAUAGAUAUAAAAAAGGCAGCACUCAGCCCCACAGUCAUAUUCAAUAAAUUAAAACACACGUUCCGAUAUGGCUCGUAUGUUAUAUUUAAAGUACCAGUAAUUAAACAUACUUUUUAUUAAGCCAACACAUCUGUAUUUAAAAAAUGGGGUCUGAUAUAAUAUUCUAAUCUUAAAUGUCCUGUUUUUAUUAGCUGUAAGUGGAAAAUCAUCAUAAUAAUUAAUGCAUUUCACUUAUUGAACUGAGUUACUGAAAUAAAUUAAUCUUUCAGUAAUAUUCUAAUUUGUUGAAUACGACUGUAGAUAUCAAGCAGCCAUUAGAGCCAGCAACUCUAACGGCUUAAAUGAAACAGUGAAACAAUAUAAACUGUCUUUCAGAGUGGCACAUCAGUUCAAUGAAGUUGAAAGACUGGUGAGGAUGAAACACUACAGAGAUGCUGUGAAAGAACUCAUCCCUGAACUAACCGUGAUGAUAAUACAAGCCAAAAUGUUUCGGAUGAGUUUCAUCGAAUGUUAAAUGGAUAGAAAGAGCUAACCUCGAUAAUGAACCAACUAUGAACCAACUAAACCAACAACUAAUUACCUGUUGAACAUCACCAGGCAAUAAGGAGGAUUUCAAAGAACAAAAAAAGUCUAACUUUAAUUUUUAGGACUGAGAUUAAUUCUUUUGUGCUAAAACAAUUACCUAUGUUAAUUUUAUUAUGACAAGUGUAUCUUAUUAAUACACAGCUAAGGACUAUAGGAAAGCUUGGUGACAGUGACAAUACUUGACAUGUUUGACAGUCUCUAUUUAGUCUUACCAUUGUUUUGUGGAAGGGCCUGGGACAUGAUUUCCCUUCCACCAGUCUUAAGUGUGCGCUUUUUUUUUUAUUUAGCUAAAUUGGACGUGUGUUUUUUCCUGUUAUUGUUCAUUUAUAGAACUGUCUCUUGUCUCGGCAGCACAGUCUGUUAACUUGGCUGUUUCCUUUACAUCCUUCAAUACAUAAAUUAGGAUAUUCUGUCGCUGAUAAUGUAAGUCGCACACAAAGAUUUGUUCUCUAUAAUAAUAAAACCUUUAUUAGUAUAUUUUCCGAGAAAAGCUGAACUUUUCCCCGAGAUAAGUUCUCUAUUAUUUGAACACAGUAACGCUUUGGUGCAGUGAGUGUAUUAGUUUGUAGAUUUCUUAUAAGUGUCGAGCUGUGAUGUAAUGUGUCUGCAGGUAUAAAUAUAGAGGCAUGGUUCCUCAGAGUCUGUGCAGAUCAAUGUCGCCCCGGCGCUGAAGUCAGUGCGCCUGUCGGUCUGGGAAUGAGCGCAACUUUUACACGCUUCUCUCUGUCGCGCUGCUGCUUCGACUAUCUUUUACUGUCACCUCACUGGGAAAGUGUACACCGGAGGCUGCUUUCCGAGUCAAACCUGACAUGGGUUAUUUGUCGGCCCAAAGGACCUUCCUAGUCUUGAGCCUAGUUACGGCCAUUGUGGGAUGCGCCCCCGGUUUCAACGGGACAGUGGAGCGCUGGGAGGCCCUCUACUCCCGCUCUCUGGCACGGAUCCCGGGGGAGAAACGGGAGGAGAUCAGUCGGGACGGCGACUACCUCCUAGGCAUUAAACGGUUGCGGCGGCUCUACUGCAACGUAGGGAUUGGGUUUCAUAUACAAGUGUUAACCGAUGGUAGAAUAACAGGAGUACACAGCGAGAAUCGUUACAGUCUCUUGCAGAUCUCUCCCGUGGAGAGAGGGGUGGUUACUCUGCUUGGCGUUCGCAGUGGGCUCUUUGUGGCCAUGAACCGACGAGGAAAACUUUAUGGAUCAUUACACUACAGCAACGAGUGCAAGUUCAGAGAGAAGCUUCUCGCCAACAACUACAAUGCCUAUGAAUCGGUGGCCUACCCAAGGAUGUUCAUCGGCCUGAGUAAGAAUGGCAAAACAAAAAGAGGAAACAGAGUGUCACCAGCUAUGACAGUGACACAUUUCUUGCCAAGAAUCUAGUGAACUAAUAAAUGUACCUCAAGACAAUAUGGAAAAAAGGAGGGAGCUGAUAGGGUAGGAGUUAGGGGAGGGGUUGUCCAAGCUAUGAUGCACUUUCACUACAAGCAUUUUGUUAGUGUGUCAUAUUUGAUAUUUCACUAUGUACAUUUUGGAGUUUUUGUAUUUAGGUUUAACAUCUGUUUUGUAUUUUUGUAGGAUUCUCUCCAAGCCUUUUCACUGAUGGAAAAUCAAUAUACUAAACAUUUUAUUUAUGUUUUCAUUUCUUAUUAAUCAGACAUUGACUGCUACUGAAUGAAACCCUGUCUUUCAAUGUAUUCUUUGCACAGAUGGAAAGAUUAUUAACUAAUAAUUUAAAUGACUUAAAAGUAUACUUUUAAACUGAGAUUGGUUUGCAACAAACACUUGUCAGAAUGUUAUAAAUAAGAUGUGUCAUUUCUGUGAAUGAAAUGAAUGUGACACAUAUUGCCCAACACUUUAAACCUUAUGCUUCUCCUUUUUAUCUGAGGUGGAUCUGGAGGUAUUUGGGAGCCAUUACCCAUAACUUAAAUGUUAGAUGGAUUCAUGCUUAAGCAUCGGAUACAGCAUCUCCUUGUAUUCACCUUUUAUUCUUAACUUUCGUAUGGCACUUCCCCAGAAAGAAACCCCAUGCUAGUAAUGCAUAUCAACAGUGUUUCCUCUUAUUAAUAUGUAUGUACUCUAAUGCCUGUGUAUAACAGGAAUUCUAAAUGUUACUCACUAUAACUGAAAUAGGCAUGCUCACAAUGCUACCAAAAUAAUCAGCAUUCUAAUUGCAACUCUUGUUCUUACUUUAAUUUGUUUUCCCAUGCAGACAUCUCUUAGUAUUAAUGUAUUGAGUUUUCCCACGUAGCUUCUUUCUAAUCUUUGCUGCUGUAUUUUGACUGAAACUUAAACAGUUUAUUUAGCCUUGCUUUAGAUGUAGAACCAAAACUGCUGUUGUACUGGAGCCUCUAAUUAGAUAUCAUGUUUAAGGAUAUACCAAGCCUUUGAAUUUUCCCAAAAAUAAAGAGCAGCGCCACUUAUUUAAUAGUUGACAUGGAAUAGCUUCUUUGGCCAGAUAGCAGGGGCUUGAUUCGAAUGAUUAAUAAGGUAGCAUAAGACCUUUUGAUAACCAGCAAACUCUGGCUUGUCCAGGGUCAAAAGUUUGAAGUAUGUUAAAGUAAAAGCAGCCUUUUAGGAACAUGAGUUUUCUUGUCUAAGAUUUUCCUUUCUUUUAAAUGUCUAAUUGUUUUGGCAGUUUGUACAGUUCUAGUAUUUGAAAUCUACUGCAUACAGAGAUGGAAUAGCAGUAAGUCUUGAUGUACUGUGGUUCUUUAAGCAAACUUUGAACACCCUAGUGAGAGAUUCAAAUAUCAUAAAACAGGAGCUGGAGAAACCUUUUACAGCGAUAAAAUGUCAUGACUCUGUGGUCACUCUGAGCUUUGGAGCAGUAAACCCAAUCCUUAAAGGUCUGAAAAUGGAAAAGUAUCUUACAGCAAUCUCUGAGGAUUGUCCAGCAUAACACCACCUGAUUAAAGUUGGGCAAAAAGGAGCAUGCGUGGCUCUGCAGCCUAAUUGAAAUUGUAUCACUUUACUGAGAGAGAGGGAUGAAGGAGAACGAGGGAAAUGAACAAGAGGGGAGGAGGGGAGAGUUAACCCCACAGCCUCCACUGUGUCUGUUUAUAGCACUGCCAGGGGGUGAACUCUGAACUUUUCUGCUGUCAGUCUCUGACUGCUGGAUGCAGUUAGAGCUCUGUGUCCAACAGGAGAGAAGAACCCUGUUGAAAUUAAAUAAGUGGAGAAUUUGGGAGUUUGUAGGCAAGGUCAACGAUCUGACAUGCAACAGUUAAGCAAUGGCCUUGACCUGGGAUAAGACUUUUCUUAUUUUAAAGUACUGCAUCAUUGUCAGGCAGCUGUCAAACACAAAGAAAGAGGCAAUCUCAUUUGUUCAGAUAUGUACAUAUUAGUUACACGGUGGCCUUGAGGACUCAGUGUUUGCAUAUCACCCACCAGCAGAUAAAAUUUUGUCUGUCAGAGCUGUCUAUACUAUACUAUAAACUACUUAGUUCUUCACAUUAGCCUCCUUCAGCCCACUAUAACAUCUCAUUUACAGGUCUCCUGGUCUUUAAAACAUAUUACUCAAGGCUUCAUCUUGGCACAAUUAUGUGUGCUUUCCGAAACAAAGCCAACAAAGCUAGUAUCACUAAACAAGAAAAUGGCAACAGCGCUGUUGAUCGCUGCCCCCGCCCCUUCACACGUGCUCACCAGUUUAACUCUGUAACUGCUCCUAUUGGUGGCUCUGAGGUGUAACAGCAGUGGGUUCAUGUUAACAUGCUUUCAUAACAUACGAAAUGAAUGCAUCCCAGCUUGUCAAUGUCUUUUGAAAGAGUUAUUGAUGAAAGAGAAUCUCUAAUGCUCACAGUGAAUUUUAGUCGAUCAAUAUUAUAGAGCUGGAAAUAAGCAAAGAGAACCAAACGUCAUGUUCACAUUCAGGUUUCAACAAUUUUCAACAAAUUGUUUACACUACCAGAAUAGCCUUUUUCCCAUUUCCAUCUAUAAUGACAAAGUGACAUUUUUCUGUGAAUUUACAUGUUUUCCUAUUAGAAAGGUUAUUGCUGUUAUUUCUUUCCUAAAAAUUAACUAUGUUUUUCCUAAUUGUCCUUUUUGUGACAACACAUUCACAAAUAUAUUCUUUGUUAAAUACAAACCUUGGCAAAGUUUUAAGGCAUCGUAUUUCCAGUCGUGUUUGUAAAACGUUGGAUUUUACGCAACCACCACAUCAUCCCAGUCUUUGGUUUAACGGUGUGGACUGCUGUCUUGACCUAGUUAUGUUUACUUUAACUUUGCAUCAUCUACCCUCCAUCUUUCUAGCAUUUGUCUCCAUCUCUCUGGCGCCUAGAAGUUUUUUGCAGCUCAGCUCUGGUGGCUAUGUUGUCCUAGUUAUUUUUUUGUCAUGUUCCGGCUAUCUUUACCCUGCAAUAUACUUUUAGAAAAGAUAAUCAUGGAGGAAAUAUUUACAGACAGCUGUUGAACUGUAUUAUAUGCUGUAUAUUUGUCUUUAUAUAUUUUGUAACUGAAGGUGCAAAAGGGUCUGGCAGUUUCAGAUGAACAGAGCUGGUUAGAAGUAGUUGUCUGAAAGCAUAAGGUGCUUAAUUUUCUCACCUUUGUUUGAUCAAUAUUUAAAGUCCAUAUUUAAUGACAGCAGCUGCAGUGAGAUACUAGAUAGUGAGUUAGUAUUCUUUGCUCCCCGUUUUUGUCAUGAUUUGAGGGGGUUUUGGGGUUUCUGUUUUCUUAAUCUCAGUCAUAUUUUUUGGAUCAUGCUUCUGUUUAUUGUUUUCUAGUUCAUAUUUUGCAAGUUAUGUUCCUCUUAGUUUGUAUCAUAGGAUUUCUAUUUUGUCCCAGUCAUGUUUCGUUUUCACUCCCCACAUCUGUGAGUCAUAGCACUCAGCUUCAUUCGGUCCACCUUCAUCACGAAACCAGUCUCCUCAUUGCACCUGUAUCUCGCUCCAUUUAUACUCUAUCACUCUGUCACUCUUUGCAGAAACAUACUACUCCUUGUUGUCAUCCAUGCCUGUACUUGUUUUGUACUCGCUUUUGCCUUGCUAAAAAUAAGCCGUUUUAACUUACGGUUAAGAUGUCUAGUCGUCUGCAUUUUGGGGUCCUCUGGCUCACCAGCCCUGACAAAAUGUUUCUGGCAAACCUAGACCUCGUGGACGCUAGACAGGACGCUGCCAUGGAUCGCUGGGUUCAGCACCAGAUUGAGGAGGCAAAGAGGCUUCUUCCUGAAGAUCUGGAGGUUCUGCCCUCUCCACUUCUGCUGGAGGAGAAGGAGCAUGAGGUGGCCCAGCGCUGUGAUGGCCAAGAAGACGCUCCCCUUCUUCUGCCUCUGCCCCAGUUUUCUCUGUCUGAUCCAGCGUCUCCUUGUUGCCACUGAGCGCCAGAGCUCAAACCUGCAAGUCCUUGGUCUGGCCGCAGUACGGUGAACCUAUUCAACUACCUAUCCCGGGAGGCAGAGAAGACACCAUGCCGUGGUGCGGGUCUGUCUGUGCCGCAGCCGGAUUAUGAUGGUUCCAGGCUGGCGAUUCCAUGUCUGGGGACAGGUCCCCUUAGUCGCCUUUCAUCUUCUCCUUUCUUUCAUCCGGCAGCAAAGCCGUCAUCUUCCUCCCACCGCAAGAAAAGCCGACGUGGAGCAAUUCCCAUCCUUUCAGCCAGUGAGGAUGAGGUUCCCAUUUCCACUGCUGAGACUGUUGCAGCAAUGUUUCCCAAGCCUUCGUCUGCCUCAGCACCAUCUCCCAGGCCUGCUGCGACUCUGCCUCUGCUGUAACCGGUCCAUAUUACUGGGCAACAAGCUGGAGGAUCAGCUGUGGAUGCAUGCUUGCAAACUCGAGCUUUUUAGAAGGACUGUUAUUUUACACCCUUCUCCUUUGUUAGAGGAGAAAGUCAGAGAAAUGGAGGAAAAUUACAGGACAGCAGUAAUGGCAGUUUUACUGCCGGCCACCUUCAUCCAUCUCAGAUCUCCAGAGCGAAGCUGCAGCUUAGCCCAUAACAUGCCUCCAGUGCGCUGCUGCACAGCUCAUGCCAGGUCUUGAGAACACUGCUGCACAGUGACAAAGUAGACCUCACUUUUACAUGUCGCAGACGCUGCAGAAGGCAUCAUAAGAGGGACGCCUCUGGUCCUGCUCCUGCCACUGAGGGUCUCUGCAACGCCUCUGAUCCUGCUCCUGCCAUUUAGGGUCUCUGCAACGCCUCUGGUCCUGCACUUGCCACUUAGGGUUUCUGCAAC